CCUCUCUGCCUCUGGCUUGGACCGCUCUCCUUCCUCCUCCUUCCUCCGCCGCCGCCGCCGCCGCAGCGCCGCCCGCACGCCGUUGCUACCGGACUCGAGCGGAGAUCUUCUUCCUCUCCUCUCGACAGCCUACCAGAAUGCCCCCGAAGAAGCGCCUGCACCAGUUGCCCGCUGCUCCCAAGCUGGAAGACCAUGUCGAGGAAGCUGCUCCUGCUGUCUCUACCUCUGGCACGGAAGAUUCGGAGGAGGAAGAGGAGGAACUUUUCGGCAGCGGCAGCGGCGGCGGGGACAACGAAGACGACAGUGGCAGCCAUUCGUCGCAGAUUGACGGUGCCGACAUGGAUGACCCAUCCAAAGUGCACAUCUUUGUCAAGAAUCCUGCCGGCAGGAAAAUCUGUCUCAGGGGGGUACACUUGUCGGACACCCUUUACACCAUCAAGGCAAAGAUCCAGGAGCAGUACAGCCUCGUCUUCGACGGGGUGCAGCUGGAAGACAGCCGUACAUUGGCGGAUUACGGCAUCAAGCAUGAUUUCACGCUUGACCUCCAAGAAAAGAUGCAAAUCUUCGUGACGGAGACGCUAGGAGGUAGGACCAUCACUCUCGAGGUCGACAGCCUAGACACCAUUGACAAGGUGAAGGCCAAGAUCGAAGACAUUGAGGGCUUUCCAAAGCUCCAGCAGUGCCUCAUCUUUGACAACAAGCAGCUGGAGGACGGCACACGCACCUUGGCUGAACACAACAUUGGUAAAGGGUCCACUCUUCUCCUCAUCCUCCUCCCGUGUAGUCCAACUUCUGUGAUGCAAGUAUUCGUGAAGACGCCGCCGGAAGGCAAGGUCCUCACCCUUAAGGUCGGGCAAUCGGACACCAUCAACAGUGUCAAGGUGAAGAUCUAUGAGAAGAACGGCGCCCCCCCUAGACAGCAGCGCAUCAUCUUUGCUGGCAAUCAGCUGGAGGACCACCGCACCCUGGCGGACUACAAGAUUUACAGCGAAUGUACCCUUCAUUUGGCGUUCCGCCUUUGUGGUUGCUGAACUGCAUGGCCUGGCCUGGCCUGGCAUUCAGUAACCAGUCUUAUUUUUCCUUCCAGUAGUGGUGCGUUAUCAGUACUAUCAUUCUAGUACUGAACGUUAGUAUAUAUAUGGUCCAGUAUUGUUCCUUCACAGUAGAAGUGUGGUGUGUUGUUAGUGAAACUACGAACUAUAUCAUUUAGUAUGUUGAUGAUGUGUUGAGUAGUUCUUUUAAUCCA